AUGGUGCGCGGCUCUUGCCUUCAUUUAAAUUUGCUUUCCUCUGCAGAUUAUUUGUGCACUCCAGAGGAAAAUGUUUACAAGAUAGACUUCACCAGGUUCAAAAUCCGGGACAUGGAAUCUGGCACAGUCUUGUUUGAAAUCACCAAACCAGCAGCUUCAGAACGUGACCACAAUGACAAGAAGGACAUUGACCCCAAUGCUGGACGGUUUGUACGCUAUCAGUUCACCCCAGCUUUUCUUAGACUUCGGCAAGUGGGAGCCACGGUGGAGUUCACAGUAGGGGACAAACCCAUUAACAACUUCCGCAUGAUUGAGAGGCACUACUUCCGGGAUCAAUUGCUUAAGAGUUUUGAUUUUGAAUUUGGGUUCUGCAUCCCCAGCAGUAAAAAUACCUGUGAGCACAUCUAUGAAUUCCCACAGCUCUCUGAGGAUCUCAUUCGAGAAAUGAUUCUUCAUCCAUAUGAGACACAGUCGGACAGUUUCUACUUUGUAGACAACAAGCUCGUGAUGCACAACAAGGCAGAUUAUUCAUACAGUGGAGGACCUUGA